UCCUUCACUGCAGGUGAAGAAGCAGCGCUCCGUCAUCUCUAAACAGAGCUCGGAGCGUGAUUCUGUAGCUGCAUCAGUUCAGAUCUCUCUACAGCAUGACGGAGCCGCGGAGCCGCGACCGGGAGAGGAGGAGUGUAGCGGCGGAGAUUGAUCGUGUUGAAGAAAAGCGAUUGCGCUGCCAGGGCAGUCUGGAGAGGGUGGAGUUCAGAUAUCGGCGGGAACAGCUUUCAGAUGAGGACGGAAAAGGCCUGGAAGAUGAAAUGGCUAUCAUGAACGAGAGGAUACAGAAAUAUGAGAAGGAGCUUGAGGUGCUGCGAGGAGAGAACAGGAAGAAUAUGAUGCUCUCUGUAGCUCUCUUGGCCAUUAGUGCUCUUUUCUACUACACCUUUAUCUAUUGAGGACAUCCGCUGCCUGUCAUAAUCACCGUUCUGAGAUGUACAGAUUUUGAGCAUUCUACUUUUUAUUGGCUAAACAUUGAGCAUCCAUUACUGCAUUGAUUCUUAAGUAGGAUUUUAAAUUGUAUAUGCCUCAGCUACACUUUUCAGUAAGGCAUAUAAAAUGUUAACAAAUGUGCAUAUAGUCACUGUCACAUUUGAUGACAUGGAUCCAUGUUGAAUUCUUUGAAAGGGGGUUUACUUAUUCUUUUCCAUGUUUGAGAUGCAAGGUGUUUGCUCAAAAGCAGUGAUACUGUAUGAGUGUGCAGAUUUCCACACAGAGUUGUAUUUGCCAAAUGUAACACUACUGCACGUGUCUUAUAAAACAUUAUUGAACUACAUUCUGCUGCAUGAUUUGAACUCUUGGGUUGGUUCUCAUUAACACAGCCUCUAUAGCCUUGUUUCCAUUAAGCACCACUAUAGGGCAUGUUUACACCUGGCAUUAGCAUGCAUUUUGUAUUUUUGAUCGUAACUAGAUAAACUCUGUCAAUAUUCUUUUUACCCUUUAGCUGUGUGUAUAGUGUGACCAGAUGAGAUCCAAAUAUAUUUUUCUGCAUAGAAAGCACACAAGCACAAACAUAACAUGGUUUUACUUCCUGUAAAAACAGUUCUAUUGAAUAGAGUACCCUCAUUCAAUGUUCAUGUUUAUCUGGUCCAAAUGGAGCCAUUUUAUUGACAGCAAUUUUCGACAGGGACUAGACAAACUAUGUGUGUGCAUUUGCACAGCUGUGUCAGCAAUUGGUGCAAUUUAAUCAAGCUGAAUUUGAUAGAUUAUUCUUUAGGGGGUGUCCCCAAACAUUUGUGCAAAAUCACUGCAAUUUUAGAGUCUUAAACUUAGAAUUAAAUGUAAAAUGUCUAAACAGAAACUCUCUGAUAAUUACAGCUGGUUCAAGAUGAUUAUAUCCAAUCUCAGAAACACAUUUUUUGGAUGAGAGCGGUCUCUGACCACAAAAUUACACAUUAAUGCCAAGUGUAAACAGGAUCUGAAUGAUGAGAUCUAUUGAUGAAUGUAAGGUAUUGUCUGCUGAUGUGUAGAUGAGCAACAGAAAGCAGCUGCUAUGCAGCUUAUGUCUCUUAUUAAAGUAAUAUUUUCAUUCAAAGCUGUAUAAACACCUAUGCAACCAAUAUGCAAAAUAAAAUGUUAAGUGUAAAUAGUGACAGUU